AUGACGUACUGGUACAACAAAGGCAAAAAAGAGGCUCCUUCCAAAAACAGCGAAACCUCGGCAUAUGACAACAAAAACAUCAGACCAGGGUUCCCUCAACCAAUCACUCGCUCGAAGCCCGAUAUAAAG